AUGAAAAUUUUUUAAAAAGUUAAUAUUAUUUAGAAUAUGAAGAAGAAGAAGAUGACGAAGAGCAAUAAUAAUAUUAAAAUUAAUAGUAAUCUUAACUCAAAAAUUAAAAAUAAGAUAUUGAAAAUAAUCAAAUCAUAGCAAAUUAAAAUUAAUAGAAUAACUAAUUUAAGUAAAAUCCUUUAUAAACAAAUCUUCCAUAAAUAAUAAAACCUUAAACAUCUUUUUAUAAAGACAAAAAAACAUUAGUUUUAGACUUAGAUGAAACAUUAGUUCAUAGCUCAUUUGAUCAUAUUGAUAAUUAUGAUUUUUAAUUAAAUAUUGUUAUUUAGUAAAUACCAUUUAUUGUUUAUGUUAAAAAAAGACCAGGUUGUGAUUUUUUUUUAGAGAAAAUGA